AUUUCAGUGUCUUAAAUGACAAACGUGUAUUUCUUGUUUAUACAACUCGUCCAUCUUGGGUUGUCAGUGGCGCGAGUUUGUAUACUGUGGUCCCUGGGAACUGGGGCUGGAUGGAGCCGCGACCAUCUCCAACAUUGCUCAUUACUGUGCCAGAGAGAAAAGGGGGUCUGGAGGACCUCACAUCUGCAAUCAAAUGCUUGGUCUGAGGUUGGACUCAGGGUCCCGAGGCAACUCAGACUGCUGCAGAGGCUGAAAACCAAACCCUUGAUGGCAGAAUUCUCAGUGAAGUCCACCAUUAUUUCCCGGUAUGCCUUCACUACGGUUUCCUGCAGGAUGCUGAACAGAGCGUCUGAGGACCAGGAAUUCGAGUUUCAGAUGCAGAUUCCAGCCGCAGCUUUCAUCACUAACUUCACCAUGCUCAUUGGAGACAAGGUGUAUCAGGGAGAAAUUACAGCGAGAGAAAAGAAAACCGGUGAUAAGGGGACAGCGAAAAGGAAUAAAACCACAGAAGAUAAUGGGGAGAAGGGGACGGAAACCUUCAGAGCCUCCGUGGUGCUGCCCAGCAAGGACAAGGCGGCCUUCCUGCUCAGCUACGAGGAGCUCCUGCAGAGGCGGCUGGGGAAGUACGAGCACGCGGUUAGCGUGCGGCCCCAGCAGCUGGUGGGGCGGCUGACGGUGGAGGUGGACGUGCUGGAGCCGUCGGGCAUCUCGGCGCUGGAGGUGCCGCGGCUCCAGAACAGCGGGCACCGCGGUGGCGGCGGCGGCGCGCGCGGGGACGAUGAUUUGGGGCCCCCUCCUUCUACUGUUAUCAACCAAAAUGAAACGUUUGCCAAAAUCACUUUUAAGCCCAGUGUGGUCCAGCAAGCCAAGAUUGCCCAGAACGGCAUUUUGGGAGAUUUCAUCGUUAGAUAUGAUGUCAACAGAGAUCAGAGCAUUGGGGACAUCCAGGUUCUGGAUGGCUAUUUUGUGCACUACUUUGCCCCCAAAGACCUUCCUCCUUUACCCAAGAAUGUGGUGUUUGUGCUCGACAGCAGUGCCUCCAUGGUGGGGACCAAGCUCCGGCAGACCAAGGACGCCCUCUUCACGAUUCUGCAUGACCUCCGACCCCAGGAUCGUUUCAAUAUCAUUGGAUUUUCCAACCGGAUCAAGGUCUGGAAGGACCAUUUGGUGUCGGUUACUCCCAACAACAUCAGAGACGGCAAAGUCUACAUUCACCACAUGUCACCCACUGGAGGCACGGACAUCAACGGGGCCCUGCAGAGGGCCAUCAGGCUGCUCAACGACCUCGUGGCCCACAACGAUGUCGAGGCCCGCAGCGUGUCCCUCAUCGUCUUCCUGACGGACGGGAAGCCCACCGUUGGGGAGACCCACACGCCCCAGAUCCUCAACAACACCAGGGAGGCCGCCCGGGGCCAGGUCUGCAUCUUCACGGUGGGCAUCGGGGACGACGUGGACUUCAAGCUCCUGGAGAAGCUGUCCCUGGAGAACUGCGGGCUCACACGGCGCGUCCAGGAAGACGAGGACGCGGGCUCACAGCUCAUCGGAUUCUAUGAUGAGAUCAGGACCCCUCUCCUCUCGGACAUCCGCGUGGAUUAUCCGCCCAGCUUAGUGGAGCACGCCACCAGGACCCUGUUCCCCAACUACUUCAAUGGCUCAGAGAUCGUCAUUGCGGGGAAGCUGGCGGACAAGGGGCUGGGCCAGUUGCACGUGCAAGUGACGGCCAGCAACAGUAAGAAGUUCGUCCUACUCAAGAAGGACGUGCCCGUGGAUCCUCGGAAGGUGGAGAGUGACGUCCCCGGAAGCUCCAAGCCCGAGGGUGGUGGCCAGUACCCCAACCACCUGGAGCGUCUCUGGAGCUACCUGACCCUGAAGGAGCUGCUCAGUGCCUGGCUGCAGAGCGACGGCGAGCAGGACAGGGAGCGGCUGAGGCAGAAGGUGCAGGCCCUGGCCGUGGACCACCGCUUCCUCACCCCGUUCACUGCCUUGAAGUUGAGAAAAUCAGCACCGCAGACAGCGACCCUGGAGGAUGCCUACGGCGUGUCCGCGGCCACAGGACCGGAGACGGUGACGCAGAGCCUGCGAGGCGCCCACCUGCAGCCAGGACCUGCUCUCCAGAAGCCAUAUGACCCGAGAAUUCGAAUCUCUAAGACAUCAGCGGAUGGAGACCCCCACUUCGUGGUGGAUUUCCCCUUGAGCAAGCUAACCGUCUGCUUCAACAUUGAUGGGCAGCCCGGGGACAUUCUGAGGCUGGUCUCUGAUCACACGGACUCCGGUGUGACGGUGAAUGGAGAGUUAAUCGGGGCUCCGGCUCCUCCAAAUGGCCACAAGAAACAGCGCACUUACUUCCGAACCAUCACCAUCCUCGUGAACAAGCCCGAGAGGUCUUACCUGGAGAUCACACCGAACAGAGUCAUCUUGGACGGUGGGGACAGGCUGGUCCUUCCCUGCAACCAGAGCACCGUGGUGGGGAGCCGCGGGCUGGAGGUGUCCGUGUCCGCCAACGCCAAUGUCACCGUCACCAUCCAGGGCACCGUGGCCUUCGUCAUCCUCAUCCACCUCUACAAAAAGCCAGCCCCCUACCAGCGGAACCACCUGGGCUUCUACAUCGCCAACAGCAAAGGCCUUUCCAGCAGCUGCCACGGCCUCUUAGGUCAGUUCCUGAACCAGGAGGCCAGACUCACUGAGGAGCCUGCCGGGCUCGGCAAGAGCCCUGCUAAGCCUCCCUCCCCCGAGGCAGGCGAGCUGUCUCAGGCCGUCCUCAAGGUCAGAGACCACCAGGUGCCCGUGGUGUGGAAGCAGAGGAAAAUCUACAACGGGGAAGAGCAGGUGGACUGCUGGUUUGCCCGGAACAACGCUGCCGACCUGAUCGACGGGGAGUAUAAGGACUACCUGGCGGCCCAUCCUUUUGACUCAGAGACAGCCUUCGGCCAGCACCCCUCCGGGGGGCUCUGACACCAGCAGCCUUAACGUACGAGUGGUGACAGGGGAACAUCUUCGGGGACCCCGUGGUGCGAUUCUUGUCACUUGCACGUGCCAGGUCUCUUGACAGGUGGCUGCCACCUGUGACUCAUCCUUGGUGAUGAGAGGUCUGCUGUCUGCUUGAGCAAAGGGUGGGGUCGGGACGUUGACGUGCGAAUGGGAUUUCCUCCCCUCCCCCUCCCCUGUCUCCAGUAACCAAAGGUGGCGGCACCAAGUGGACAAGUCAUGGUUAAAAGCAAGACAUCUCUGUCUUGUACGACUGGCCUGUUCUUGUCACAGCUCACUGUAAGGUGACUCUGACGAAGGAAGGUGGCCAUAAAGUUUGUUUUCUUUGUGGAAAUGGCCAGGUCUGGAGACUCCACUUUUAGCUUCAUAGUAACGCUUACGGAUCUCCCCUCUUUGUGCUGCUGUGCUCUCCGGGGGUCUGGCCAACCUCUGCCUCAGGGGACCCCCUCGCUAGGCCCAGGCCACCGGUCGCGCAGCUAGCACGUAGAUUCGAGCCUUGUAAACAAUCUGGUCUUUUCGUAGGAGAGAAUUUUCUUCUGCUGUGGUAUCUUGCCCUUGGAAAUUUGUUUUCCUUUUUAAAGAUUGAUUCAGAAUAGAAAACCUGCAUCAUCCCAGAUCACCGGUAUCUUUCUAACGGGCUCUGCAAACCGCCUGGCCUUGUGGACGGAGAGUCUCCUAUUUAUUUCAGAAAAGCUGCACACCUCUGAUAAACAGGGCAGCCCGUGUGGGUGUGCACCCAUCCCUGGAGCCGGCCAGCUGGGUGAGGAGUCCCUCACGUGGCUCUUCAGCCUUGGUCCUGAUUCCGACCUGGCGUGCUCCCCGGUGCCCCGGGAGCUGAUAAAUUCCGCUCUCACAGAAGGGGGAUGGGAGGGACCGUCAGCCAGUGUGCGCCCACUGGCCGGCCUGCAGGAACCAAACUGCUCGUUCUCAGCAGGAAAUGCAGACGUGCUUCUGCAUCUAAGAAGCACAUCUGUCUGCCCACAUCCCAGACAGGCAAGGCCAGGGAGCGGCACGAGCACAGGGCUUUGGCUGCAGAGCGAGGGCAAAUCUGGUUCCAUCAGGGAAAGGCUAAAAUGGGGGCCUGGGGGUGGCUUCAAAAGUCAGUGGGUGUCACCCUCCCCAUCGUGGAAUCCACACAGCCCGCUCACAUUAACCAGGGGAGCGGGGACCGACAGGGCCUCAGAGCCUCUCUUCUCCCCUCCUCAGGUUUUUUGCUCUGCUCUGUCUUCUCAGGGUCACAGGGGUUCCGUCAGCCUGUUCCCCACUGCCGUCGGGGGUGUUGGAGCAAACAGCAGAGACAGAAAGCUUUGGGUCAAAGAAAUGGAAGCUUUGGAUGGGAGAGCGAAUUAAAUAAAGGCUUUCGUGCCGGCUUCGUG